AUGGCGCCAAUUCCGCGGGCGCCACUGCCACAACCGAAACAACAGUGGAGGCUCCUUGUAGUGGCUGGCUUGUUGGUCUGCAUAGCGGGGCUUCUGACAGUAAGCACAGUUGCUGAACCAGAGGGAAGUAGCGCCGUUCAGUGGACGAGUCUACUACCUAGACGCCUGGCACCUCAAGAGUGCAAGACGUACGUCUACACCGACGCCGAUCAUGAGCCUACCGAAAUGUCUGACAGGGCCAGCUGCCCUACAGGUGGUGGAAAGCGAGCUUUUCUAUUGGAUACGUCUCCUGAAGGAGCAGGGGCUCCUGCCCUUCUUGAGGUGGUUCCUGUACAGUCACAGCAGUACUCAUGCCGUGCCGGUCGCCCAUGCAGUUUGGUGGUAGCGGGGUUCGGCCUUCGGGCUGAAGACAGCAUAGCCGUGCUGAAAGGUACAGAGGACUGUCCUCCUACCAGCCUUCGCAAUGCUCAGAUCAUCACCAGCAAUCGCCACAUCACAAGCUCGUCGGCGGCAACUUUCAAUUUCCACAUCCGGCCACAGAAAACAAAAACGGAACUGCCAGUAUUCGACUUGGGGCCUAUCCAAGGCAGUACCUUUACUGUUUGCUAUUCCCCUUAUUUGGCGACUCGCGGUGAAGUCCCUUCCGCAAAGGACUACCAUUAUCUUGCAGGCAUAGUUAUCGUCCGCGAUGAGAUGUUGAACUGCGACUUUGAAGAAGGUAUGUGCGGGUUGAUGUCCUUUGUGAUUGAUCCUCGCAUGAGUCUGGAGUGGCGACGUCAUUCUGGCGCUACCGAAACUUCAGGCACCGGACCCUCUGCCGACCAUACUAUUGGGCGAGGGCAAGGCAAGAAGGGGCAUUACCUGUACAUGGAUUCUCCCGGAUACAUGCUUGGAGAAAGUGCAUCUCUCUUAGCUCCUGCCCAAGUGUACCCCAAGGGGCUAUACUGUGUAAGGAUGUGGUAUCACAUGUAUGGAGAAGACGUCAACUCGCUUAGAGUCUACAUGCGAACACUUGAAGGCGACGCUGAAGCCCUAGGGGACUGGGGCAAACCGUACCUACUGAGGGUCGGUGAUCACGGCGACGACUGGCUCGAGGCCGGGUUUGAGUUUACUUCUGAUGGGUACACUGCGCAACAGCUGGUCAUUGAGGCCCUCGCUGGCUUUAGCGAGAAGGGAGAUAUUGCCAUUGAUGACCUACGAAUCGUGUCAGGAAAAUGUCCAGAGCAAAUUGCAAGGGACGUGAUGCAGCAGGAUUUUAUUUGCGGCGAAGUACGUCUCGUCACAGGUGACUAUGCGGAAGACAAGCAGUGGUUCGUAGAAGGCGCUGUGUCCUGCGCCGGUAAAGGUUACUCCCUAAGCAGCAUGCAAGGUCGUUGGGUGCCGUGCUGCGUACCCCGUUAUGGCAGCUACACAGUGGUUUUGCGCGACUCGUACGGUGACGGCUGGAACAAGUCGCGUCUAGAGUUCCGAUUCUUUGGGGAUCUCAUCACCUUCGGGGAGGACUUUGAUGGAGCAGAGAAAAAGUACAAGCUCAACAUUGGUCUAGUGCAGAUCCAACGAGUAGAGGGAUCGGAGGAGCGUAUCGGCAUUCAGUUGCAGGUCGCCGAGCCGAGAACUUACGUUUGGUGCGGCGCAGCACAGGCUGGAACCCCCCCGCCUACCGUGGAUAUCUUGAAGCGCUACGGUAUCCGUUCUCAGACCCCUACAAGCCACGCAGGAGAAGUGCUUCGUAUGGAGAUCGCCAACAAGGGCGGCAAUCGUCGGGUGGUGAUGCCAAAUACUACCUACAACGUAUACUGCUACGCGGAGGCAGCCGCUGCCAAUCUGCCAGGCCCAGAUGGUAGCCAAACAGAACACCACGAGGUCAUGGAUGACGAGCAAGUCGCUGCCUCCCGCAUGGCUGUAACAACAGACAGCACACCUCCAGAUCUUGUGAUUCACGGCUCGGAAGCCCGCCUAAAUGAAGUGUUUGUGCGCCUAACUGUCGAUGAGCCCGCCACUGUAUGGUGUGUAGCAAGGGACGAAAAAAAAGAAUCCGCUGCUGGGGGAGAGCCACCAUCCCUUGAAGCUUUGAAGAAGGGAAAUAAGCUACAGGUCUUGCAGGGAGAUGAAGGGAUGCAGCAGUCCCUUGUCAUAUCGGGACUUACUCCGGAUACCCAGUACGUUGUAUACUGCUAUGCGCAAGAUAUGGCACUUCCAAAGGGGAACGGUAUCAGCGAGGAGCAGGUAAAGGCCACGGCAUUCCCUGUGGAAACGAAGAGCAAGGUGCCUGAUCUUUCGAUCAUAUCCUAUAAGGCCUUCCAAAAAGGUUUUAGGGUGACGGUGCAGACGGACACUCCAGCAAAGGUGUGGUGCGGAGCUGCUAUGGCUGGCAGUGCAUUUCCAAGCCGCGAGGAUGUGAGGCGUGUCGGCGCCACGACUGAGAUUGAAGAGGCGGAACAAAAAACGGAGCUUGAGAUUCGAGGAGUUCCUCCGAACACCCGCUACACUAUCUACUGUUUUGCUGCUUCCCGUGGUGGAACUGCAGAAAUGACAGAUGCACAGAUGUGGGCCAAAGCUUUAGAAGUGACGUCCUUCGGACGUUUUUGCGACAUGCCUGUUGAACCUCCGGAUUUGGAGGAAGCUCCAGAGCCCACAGUGUUUGAUCCUUUGACGUCGACCGAGGAAUUUAUGGUGCGUGAAUUCAUGGGUAAGCAGCGAAACCUGAACAUUGAAGGCGUGUACCGAAUCAACCUCUUUAUAGACAAACAUAAGAUAGUGGAGCAUCUCGACAAAGGAGGCCCAGCUCCUAAAAGGUACGCUCGGGUUCGUGCCGGAACUUGCAAAGACAGAGAGGGGGCAUAUAGACAGUACAAGGUAGGGCCCCUAGACGUGCGUAGCGCCGAUCAGAUGACGCUGGAACCCAUUGGCGCCGUGGUACCAACAGACUGUGGAGGCUACAAUCCCCAAGGUGUCUUCGGACGUCGCCUUCUGGCAGCAGAAGAGGAGGCUCAGCUAGCUGAGAUAUUGCAGGAGUCCUUUGGGUACGGGUUCGGGAAAGCAAGGUGCCAGUUUGAGCACAAAAAACCCCACGGAGAGCACCAUCAAGGCUGCCUUGAGUUCGGACCAAUGCUUUAUGAAGAAGGUGAUGAUAAGAAGAUUGUCACAAUUUGGGCUGGCCUCCGGACUCCUGAAGGUAACAAAGUGCCUUUCUAUUUCCUGCUGCCAGCACCAGAAGGUGUGAGCCCCGAAGUCCUUCAGAAACCUGAAGAAAGAGAAGAGCUUACCUUCAAACUUGAGCACGUAAAGGGCUACUGGUACGACGGUCAGAAAUUCGGAACCCUUCAAGAAUUUGUAGAAGCUUACAAGACAGACAUGAACUUCAAGAAAAUGACGCCUAAGCUGUUCAAAGAACGUCUAGAAGCGCAAAAACACGAAAGGGAACAAAGUAUCAAGAGCGAAAAGGCGGCUGCCCUUCGUCGUCUUGCUCCAGCUUGGCUCGCUCCCAAUCCUGAAGGUCGUGUGGGCUUGGAAUACCGUGCUGCUCCAGAGCAUAUUGAGCCUCAAGGCCGGCGUUACACAAUCCGACAAUCUCCUGGUCAAGAGUGCUACAGUGUGAACUACGCAGGAUGGGAGUUUGUGAUGAACAUGGACAGGGACACCGCUCUGCGUCUGUGGGACGUCAAAUUUCAAGGCCAGCGUGUUGUUUUUGAGAUGGGAAUGAUGGAGGCUCUAGCACAUUACUCUGUAGCUGAGCGCAACUGGUACUUCAUCGACUCAUGGUAUGGGGGUUUGGGAUCCGCUGCUCGCCGUUUGCACCCCGGGAUUGAAUGCGCAAAGACAGGCCAAGUUUUAUUUGAUGGCGGCUCUCUCUGCAUCUUCGAGAAGGAUUUUGCCCGUCCUUUGCGAGCUCACUGGAAGAGCGGAACCCUCCGUGAUGGCGCCCCCCACAUGGCCCUUGUUCUCCGCUCUAUGAUUACUGUGAGCAACUACGAUUAUGUCACGGAUUACUACUUCCAUGUCAGUGGUUUCUUAGAAGCAUCGGUUUCAUUCACUGGUGAGCUUUAUGCUGGCGUCGAAGUACCCUGGUAUUCAGCUCGCCAAAGACACCACGGGACACAAGUAAGUGGCUCAAUGAGGAUGGGAGCCCUCCACGGCCACUUGGCUGUUUGGAAGGUUGACUUCGACCUCACUCCUGAUUACCGAAGCAAUUCAGUCGUCUUUUCCGAGAUCGUGCACGAUACCACGAGGCCAGGAGCCAUCAAACUUGAUCAAUGGAUUGGAGAGAAAGAACUUGAUGGAUUCGUGGCGUUCAAUAGCACCAGGCCAAUUCACUACACUGUCGUCAACGAGGAUCAUAAUGUGUAUGGAAAUGUUGGCGGCAUGACGGUCAUCCCAUAUCCAACAUUCGCGAUUCCAAACCCCCAAUUCGAGUUGUACACAGGGCCUUGUGCCUGGGCCAAGUACCGUGUAGCGACAACAGUCAGGCAUCCCGACGAGUCGGAAGCUACCCUUCCCAGGGACAACAAAUACGCCCUCAGGCCCGCAGUCUCGCUUGACAGAUAUAUUGGAAACAACGAGUCCAUCCGGAAGGCCGACUUGGUGACUUGGAUUUCGAGUGCGGUCUGGCACAUUCCUGUUGUUGAGGACAUGCCUCUAACACUCGCCCAAGGCAAUACUCUGGGCUGGCUGGUGAAGCCGCACAAUUACUACAUGGAAGACAUGAGUAUGGAUCUCCACAACGCUAUCGGAGGGGCUGUGCAAGACCCCGGAACCUGCGCACUCAUUCGCCAGGAAAUGCCAAAAUACGAAGACACUUCCGGAAACUGA